AUGGAGCCGCAUAACUUGUACAGUUUCAGCAAAGUUUCCGAGCUGGGGUCGGGGCCAACAUUUGUAGUUGGAGUAUACAAUACAUUCGAGUAUAGGAUAAGUACCAGCAGUCAAGAUAGUGUUAUUCUACCUACAGAUCCAAUCUCAUUAGCAACUAUAUUAAUACUCGCAAGAAAGAACGGCUAUGGCUUGCCAUCGAGUGGAGCCAAGGGACCUAGUGGAAUUGUGCGGAUCCCAUUUCGAGGCUCACCUUUUAAUUCGCUUCCCAUAUUGAUCAGUGGAGAUGAAACUCGUAGUAUAGAGAGCGCCGAAACAAUUAAAAGUACAAUCACAAAGAAUAAUAUCAAAAACUUAGACCUGAAAUUCAUCAGUGAUUAUGUCGAUAAGUCGCUUUACGAUUUGUGGAUAUUAUGUCUCUUGGCAGAAGAGCUUGAUAUAAGUGUAUAUUCAAAAAUAUUUUCAAUUAAUGAUCAGCUAGAAUUACACGAUUUGAAAACGGAGAUGGUGAAAUGGAACAAUCUUAGCCUGAGACAUCCUAGCCUAUUUGAGAGACAACAGAAGCAUAAGAAUUUGUAUAAUUUUUACAUAAGUGAGUUGGAUCAGUUUGACACAAAUAUGAAUUGGUUUUCCGAGAUUUUGGAAAAACCAGAAGGCGACAAUUGGAUUAUUUAUUACAAGAUUGCAUCUUUUGUGAUUAUUGUUAAUCAAUUUUUGCAAUCGACAAAGUUAGGUGCAGUUGUAGUGGGGAAACCAGACUUGGUAGCAAAAUGUUACAAGGUGCUUGAAUCAAUUUAG